AUGUCUCGCAAAGGUGUUGGUCUAGCAGCUUUCGAUAGGUCUCGAAUCACCUCUGCUCAAUACGCAUCUCACGGAAAUAAUCUUCGCAGCGCUCAUUCCACAUCUAUAGCUACUCCAGUUAUCGAUAUACGUUCGAAUCCCACUUUCCGCGCCGAGUUUGCGCGCAUGUGUUCAGCUAUCGGAGUGGACCCCUUAGCUAGUAGUAAUAAUGCCGGAGGUAGAGAUGGGAGUGGAAGUUUUUGGGCUCAGAUGCUUGGUACAAGUGUGAAAUGA